AGUAUAAUCCAUCGCGACAAAAGAAGAAAAACAGCGUCUAGAGCAGUUGUAUAAUUAUCCAACCUGUCUCAACACUUGUUUGUGACUUCUUGUAUUUAACCAAGCGUACCACUUCAUCAUUUCAAAAUGUUCGCUGUCAGGAGAGCUCUUUGUUUCGGUUUUAAAUUUGCAAGGGUACCGCGACGUGGAUGCGCGGGUGCCAUUCCAGUGGACGACAUAGUGAAUGGUCUCACAGAUGACCAAAUACAGUUGCGACAUAUGGUCCAGAAAUUCUGCCAAGACAAACUGGCCCCCUAUGCAGAUGAAAUUGACAAGACCAAUGACUUCAAAGGAAUUAAGCAAUUUUGGAAGGACAUGGGAGAGAUGGGACUCCUUGGGAUAACUGCUCCUGUGGAGUGUGGUGGCUUAGGGAUGGGCUACCUGGAGCAUGUGAUUGUGAUGGAAGAGAUGUCACGGAUUUCAGCAGCCAUUGCCCUCAGCUACGGAGCCCAUUCAAACCUCUGUGUCAAUCAGCUUGUGCGCCAUGGCAACCCGGCGCAGUUGGAGAAAUAUAUGCCUAAGCUGAUGUCGGGAGAACACAUCGGGGCCUUGGCCAUGAGCGAACCCAACGCUGGCUCAGACGUGGUCUCGAUGAAACUGAAGGCAGAGAAGAAAAGUGACUACUACGUUCUCAAUGGCAAUAAGUUCUGGAUCACUAACGGGCCUGAUGCAAACGUUCUCAUCGUGUACGCGAAGACGGACCUGGCGGCGGAGGCCCGCGGCAUCACAGCUUUCAUCAUAGAGAAGGGCAUGCCAGGGUUCAGCACGGCACAGAAACUGGACAAGCUGGGCAUGCGCGGUUCUAACACGUGUGAGCUUAUUUUCGAGGACUGUAAAGUUCCUGAAAAGAAUAUCUUAGGCCCUCUGAACAAAGGGGUGUACGUCUUGAUGAGUGGCUUGGAUUUGGAAAGGCUUGUACUGUCAGCAGGACCUAUUGGCAUCAUGCAGGCGGUGCUAGACCAUGCCAUACCAUAUCUGCAUGUGAGAGAAGCCUUCGGACAGAGAAUUGGUGAAUUUCAGCUGAUGCAAGGCAAGAUGGCUGACAUGUACACACGACUCAGCUCGUGUCGGCAGUACGUCUACAACGUGGCCCGCGCCUGUGACAGAGGCCACUUCAGCGCCAAGGACUGUGCGGGGGUCAUCCUGUACUGUGCAGAGAAUGCCACGCAAGUUGCCUUGGAUGGGAUUCAGUGCUUGGGUGGGAAUGGGUACAUCAACGACUACCCCCUGGGUCGGUUCCUGAGAGACGCGAAGCUCUACGAGAUCGGAGCGGGUACCAGCGAGGUCCGCCGCCUCAUUAUCGGCCGGGCCUUCAACGCCAUGUUCAAAUAGGCCACCCUGGAAAUCGCCGGAAACCUUGAAAAUUAAAGAUGAACCAUUGUAAUAAUACAAACACCAGGGCCUUACGCAGCUGAUCACAUAGAACAGAAAUCAAGACGAUGGAAGUGGAGGAGAGAGGGACUGGAUACAUCUGAUAUUUAGAUGGUAUUCUGAACGCACCGUGCUAAUAAUGUAGGACCUAUCAAUGUGGAUUGAAUGGGAUUCGUUUUCUAGCUAAGGAUGAAGCCUGAAGCUCAUAGACUAAAUUGAGCUAUGAUGGAAAAUUCCAUUUAAGAAUGUCAAUAUUUGUCUAGAACUUGGCUCAAUCCUCGCCUGGGGAACCAGCUAUAUAAACGCCUCCCAAUCACUCUGUGCUGACAUAAAUUAAACAUAUUUAAUAUCAAGGCAUUACAUUUAUAGGUUCUGGAAAUUUGAGGACAUUCUCAGCCUGAAUUGCAUAUUAUGCAGUUUGAUCACUACAAGGAUGAAUCCAGGUAUUAUGGUGUUGCUGUGCUGCUUGAUAGUUGUGUAAUAUUGACCCAGCAUUAUUCUGAAUGGACUGUUUCUCUUUCCUCUUGCUAGCUGAGAGGACUCCUGUGAAAUAUGCACACAAGAGAUUUCUGUACUUUCCUUAUUUCUCCCCCUGAAUGCCUUUGUUUUGUUUCAGCUUCGGUAGUCCCAGUGUCCUUGAUUAUGUAGAAAGGAGGGGUGUUUAAUCUCAACCGUAUGUGUUUUCUAAACCCUUGAUUUUACUCCUAACAACUGUUUUAUAUUUCGCUGUGAAUGUAGCAGUGGGAUUUAUUUGAUGAGACGCGCGCGUCUCCCUGCAGUUGGGCUUCACUCACAAGGCUUUUCUCCAUGGAUGUUGAACCUCAUAUUCCAGAAAUCUCUGUAGUGAAGCCCUUUCCACUUUGAGUGGUUUUAGGAAAUAAAUAUACAGAACACUUCAUUGCCUCCGUAAAUGACUUACGGUUGCUGCCUUACAUGGUUAACUGGUUACAUGCUAAAGUUGUUUUUUGUUGUUGUUGUUGUUUGUUUGAAAACAAAGUAGCUGUAUGUUAUGAUGCUUCUUUUUCUGUGGUGUAGAAUAAAAGAACUUCGAUUUUCA